UUCAACUGUCACUGUUUAUCACUCUUUUCCACUGGAAAAGGAAGAAGAAGAAUACGUAUCAAGGCUGAUAAUCAAUUUCUGCUCAAUCGUUUGACGAAAAACUUCACAAAAUCUGCCGAUUUGGGCUCGAAUCAUCAUAUUUUCGUGAAAGUACAACCGAAACAAGCCAUCCAGACGUCAAAUAUGAUUCGUUUCAUCCUUAUUCAGAACCGUGCGGGGAAAACCCGUCUGGCGAAGUGGUAUAUGAAUUUCGACGACGACGAGAAGCAGAAACUGAUCGAGGAGGUGCAUGCCGUUGUAACGGUCCGCGAUGCCAAACACACGAACUUCGUCGAAUUCCGCAACUUCAAGAUCGUUUAUCGACGGUAUGCGGGUUUAUAUUUUUGCAUUUGUGUGGACGUGAACGACAACAAUUUGUGCUAUCUGGAGGCUAUCCACAAUUUUGUCGAGGUGCUGAAUGAAUACUUCCACAAUGUGUGCGAGCUGGAUUUAGUAUUCAAUUUCUACAAGGUGUACACCGUGGUGGAUGAGAUGUUCCUUGCAGGCGAGAUCCGGGAGACGUCUCAAACCAAAGUACUGAAACAGCUGCUAACGUUGAACUCGCUCGAGUAAAAAAGCACUCAAGCUGGGGGACCCUUAAACGGCCACCACCGUAUUCUAAGCUAUAUUGUUUAAUGAAGUGCAAAACGCGGCACUUCAUACUAUUGACAAUUUAUUCCAUAUUACGCAAUAUUAGCCAUGUAUAAGAUACAGGAAUACCCGCAACAAUUUCUAAGAGAUAGCAUCAGGUCGAUGCAAUUUGGAAGUAUACAUCGCAGGAUGAAUAUUGAAUCAAAACUUUCUGCUUUCUAGUGAAUCUCGUCUCACCACUCUCGCGCAAGCAACAUACCAUACCCAUCAUGAAAGCUGCCAUUUGAAUGUUACACACAAAAACAACAACUGAAAUGACUACAGUGGGACAGGUCGCAUUCUUAGUUUUUGUACAUACCGUACUAAGUUCCAUGCUCCAUGACGCCGUAAGCUCCCAUACACGAUGAAUUACACGGGUCCAAAGAUAUUAAGUUAUUUCGUUUCGUCCCUCGAUUUACUAACUGUACCAUCGACGCUUCAGUCAAGGACAAGCUACUGUGCAUUCCUUGUUACGUAACAAAAAAAAUGUUAAUAAACAAUUGUCGUACUGUUUACACAUCGUUAUAUUAAGAUCAUUCGGCUUCGUUUUGUUGUGAAAAAUUUAAAUCGUAGAACGAUGUGACCAUGAACGAAUGAAAGAAGGCGAUAUAACAGUGAGGAGUCAAAUACGAAGAACAACGGAGAGUUUCUACCCGGUGUGUCACGUGUUCGCCAUCGGAGCAGAAAUUAAAUGAAGCGUAUUUCGACAAGCGGUUAGUCAGACACGGGAUACGACAAAGACACUCAUACAAAAUCUUGAUUGUAACGUUUUUUUCUCACGUCAUUGUAUAUCUACAAUUACUGUGUAAAGAUUAUUAGCGAGUAAUAAAUCGUAUGCUAUAAGACUAA